UUCACAUCGCUCAGCUAUUUCCACAUACCAUCCUGUGAGCUGGCGUCGGCAGAAGCGGCGGUUACGCUACGCUGCCCAGAGCUACGCGUGCCGUUAGUGCUUCCGCAACACAAAAGCACGGCCAAAAAUACCGUUGGAACACAGUUGAAAAUGGUCCAUCGUAGCGACAGCAUCCCGGGCAAUUGGCAAAGCGGAAUACUGUUGUUACCAACACCGUUUGUGUGGACCACUGCAUUGAAAUUCAAAUUGAAACUGAAACUGCUGCCUUCGAUUUGGCUGCAAGUAACACAGUUUUCGGUGGAAGCUGCUUGAAGUGCUCGAGUGCAUUUUCAAUGAACGCAGCAGCGGCGAACGGAUUUAAAUCGACUGUGACGAAAUGAAGAGGAGUGGCGGUGAAAGGGUUAAGCGCGAAGUGCGCUAAACGGAAGUGAAGUUGAAAGAAAGUUGCAGAAAAUCGACGAGUGUUCCAGUGCGUAGCGGUGAAGUGAACGAAUGAGUUUUGAAUUUAAAAAGGAAAUGAGCAGAAAUUACGAAAUAUCGCCUAAAUUUAAAUAAAACAGAACGUGUGAAACAAAAAAACAAAGCAGCCAAAGAGGUCCCCGUAUUUUAAAACAAAAAUUUAAUGACUCAAGUGAAACGCGAAAAAGCCCACGUGAAAAAAUAAAAAUAAUACCGCAACCAUAACAACAACGUUUUUUUCACACCUAGCAGCAACAAUAAGAGCAACAACAUUGUCACCACCGAUAUCCGCAGCCACAUCAUUCUUGCGCUGAGUCAAGUGGCCACGCGCUGAAAGCAACACAUCGACUUCCGGCGAAAAUUUCACACCUUUGCUGCGGUUGUGGGCGUUUGGCUUUAAUCACAAUAAUUGCCAAGCCUUUAAAAGAGCAACUGAUUUCCUCGCGAUGAAGUUAUUUCGAAUGAAAGAUCGAGUUUGAUUGUUAACGGCAGUUGUUGUCAACCGAAAAGAGCACCAGCAGAACCAAUUAAAAAAGAAAAAAUAAUAAUUACGGUAGCACGACGAAACAACCGUUAAUAAGUGUUUUUAGCCGUAUACAUACGUGUGUAGGUGUGUGCGCUCGUAGGCAUACAGUUCUUGUGAAACCCGCAUAUUAUAUAAACAAGCACCGAAAUUAUCAUGUUACUCAAGGCGAAUGAGCUUUAUUGCUUAAAUACAACAACAAAGUGUACGUGUCUAUUGCCAACGGGUGGUGGAGUCGUGUACUACUAAGCUUUUGUGGAAAAGAAGGUACGAGGGCGUACGAAGUGUCGGUGCGGGUUACAGAUUCGCUUUGAAUUUUUCGGUUUCGGUUCCGGUUUCGAUUUAGCUUCAAAUCUCGAUUGGUUUUGACUGUUAACUCUCCGUUGCAUCCUAAUGGUUCUUGCUGUAUUUUGGCGCUUUAUUCAAGUAUCUCCACUAGCCAACUCUCACACACAGAGCUCGUUAACGCCUGAAGUUUUAUUGAUGAGUUCACCGACACUGGCAUUGUAAAAACAGCUCGUUUUCAGCUGCAAAAACGAUGAUGUUGUGAAAAAACAAGCGAAGCAAAAUGACAGCAAAUUAUGUGAAUCUUGUGUGGGUGUUAAUGUAAUUAAACAUAAGCGAAGGGAUAAAACUCUUUUCAAGAUAGAAGUGGUUAGGAGGCGCUUGAAAGGAUAUCGGAUGCUGAACAUACUAAGCAAGAAAUGAAGCGUAGCAAACAAAUAAAGUGCACAAAAGCAGAAAAUACAAAAGUCAGUAACAACAAAAACAACAGAAACUAGUAGCUGCGUGAGAAAAAUCGCCAAAAAAUCAUAAAAGUCUUCGCCGAAGAUCGACAACAACCUGAGAAUUGGUGCGGUAAGCUUUUUAGUAUUCAAGAAAGUAUUGUCUGCAAAGCGAAAGGACGUGUGAGCAGCAUCAAGCAUACGAAGCGUGCGGAGGACGUGCCACCAACUUUGCAUAAAUCGCAACUAAAUCCUUUCAACAUCUGACAAGCACACAGACAAACUCACACGCAAACGCAUAACUUUAGUUGAGCGAAGAACAUUUUAAGAGCAACAACAACUGGAACAACAAACAGCAAGCAAAUGCAAAUUGAAAUGCCGUAAACAGCAACAAUCAAAAAGAAAAGCAAUAAUAAUCUUAAACAAACAUAAAUAUUUAAGGUAACUACAAGCAAAUAGCAACGUCAACAACAACAACAAUAACAAAUAGCUCGCAUAUACAUACAUAUAAACACUACUAAGUACAACAACAAAAUUCAAGUUUCACAACACCAAGUAAUCAAAUCAAUCAGCAAAGCCAACAAGGAUGCAUGAGAGAGCAGCGGAGAUAUUUUGAUUUCGCACUCAAAUCACAAAUCGUACAAAUCAGAAAUCAGAAAUCAGAUUUCAUAUUUACCCUUCAAUUGCAGCAAAAAACACAAGCAAAUACGCUGGUCGAGGCAGCGGCAAAAGUUGUUGUAUGCGUGUUUGAUUUCAAUUAUUAUUAAAUUAUUUAUUUAUAUGCGUUAAAAUAUAGGCAAAAUCAAAAGCAACCACAAAAACAAAAGCAAAAAAACAAAGAAAAACACAGAGAACACAAAGAACGCAGUCAAGGCUGUCAAAAGGUGCUCAUCAAUUCGUUAUACCGUAGUCGCCGCUAAAGUCGCUCGCCCAACCAGACAUAUGCCGAGUAUAAUGUGGAGUACAAUAUCGCCAACAAAUUCUAAGAAAUUACUUAUUGGCAGUACCCGAAGCGUCGACUAUGUCGGAAACAAUAACAACCAGCAGCAGCAGCAAUUACAGCAACAUCAUCACCAAUCUCAUCGGCAGCAACCGCAAAUACAUAACGCAACGAAGGCAGCAGCAGCAGCAGCAACAACAACAACUCAAACUGAAAUUGAAACAGCGACUGACAGAGCAGCAGCAACAAGAGGAAGAGAAACCACAGCAACAACAACAACGCCCACAAUCACAGCCCCAGCAACAACCACAGCAGCAAACACACCGAAUCGUGCAGCAACACCAACACCAACAACCGCUAGCAAUAAAACGCAAUCGACGAAAAUCUCAAUCGCAAUGGAAAUUCACAUACAAAAUAAGUGCAUCUCAGCAUAGCGCAUCACUCUGGAGGGUGGUGCGGAGCCCCCAUGGCUGCAGGGCCCCCUUAAAGCUGCAUUUUUGGGGGCCUCUGGCGUCGGAAAAACCAGCAUAUUACAGCAAUUCUUCUACCACGACUUUCCGAAGACACAUCAGACGACUACACGCAGAAAGAUCUACAAGAGCUGUCUGGUGUGCGACACUUGCAUACGCGAGCUGAUGGUACUCGACGUUCCACCCCAGAAACGUUUCCCGGCCGAUAACUUUGCCGAAUGGAAUAAUGGACAUCCGCUGGGGUUGCGAACCGUACACGCAUAUGUUUUAGUAUUCGACAUGGGCAAUUUGGAAACAUUUCAGUACUGCCGCGCAAUGAGAGAGCAAAUAUUGGAUAGUUUUAGUCAUCGAGAUUUUAGUAUAAUUGUAAUUGGUAAUAAAUACGACACGGUCACCGAGCUGCAGGCUACUUCACAGGAGCUGAAGGAUAUCUCAACACUGGUGCGCAAACAUUGGCGUUGUGGCUAUGUGGAAUGCUCAGCCAAGUAUAAUUACAAAAUUGGCGAUGUAUUCCGAGAACUGAUGGGCUGUACCAGCUCCGGUGCCAUUGUCAGCGAAUUCACACAAUCAACUAGAAAUAAAGGACGUUGCACAAUACUUUAGCGUUAUCUGCUCAAACUCUUCAAAGAAGGCAUAUGAGUCGCGGUCAAGGGGCCUAAGCUACAGCUGUAUACUUUCAAGCCCAAAGUUAAAUUUCCCACGAACGAAACGAAAGACUAACCAAAUGCCGCCAAUUUAGAUAGAUAUACUUACUUAAGUAUGCACUAUAUGAAGGGAUAAAGUUCACAAAUCACCACCUUCACAAAUCAAAAAUAAAAUUGGUGCAGCUGUUAGCUCCCUUAAGGUUGAAUUCAUGCUAUUUUAUGUAGAUUCAAGUGCGCAAAUAACCAAACAAUUUAAAACACGUAACUUUUAAGAA